AUGACGGAAGCAGAAGAUAGAGAGAGAGCCGACAAACUCGCGGCAGCUAAGAAGCGCUUCGAGCAAUUGAAGAAGCAAAAAGAGAGCAAAGCCAAGAAGGCUGCUACGAAAAAGAAGACCGACAAGCCCGAGCCAGAAGCCGAGGCAGCAUCCGCCGCCGAGAAAGCGGACGACAUACCCGAUGAGCCCACAGCCGCCGAGAAAGAUGAAGAGGUACCAGCAGAAGCCACCAUAACACCCCAAGAGCCAGAAGAGGCCCCUCCGCCAUACGACUCUACCAGACCCCCCAACGGCCGCCAACCCUCCAUCUCCAUCCAGUCUAAGCUGCGCUCCGAGUCCUUCCGACGGGGCUCCAGCUCUCAAGACCCAGCCUCCCCUAUAGGAGCGCUCAAAUCGCCCACUUUCUCGCCCACGAGCCUCGCCGGCGAAGGCGCCCACGAGAUCUUUCAGAAGCAGGCACAGCGGAUCGAGGAGCUGGAGCGGGAGAACAGGCGGCUGACGACAGAGUCGCAGGAGGCAGUUGCGCGGCGGCGGAAGGUAGAGGACGAGCUUGAGGAGCUGAGGGAGGCGAGCGCGGAGGUUGCGGAGUUGAGAUGCCGGGCUUCGGAGGCGGAUGAGAGGAAGGAAGAGCUGGAGAAGCUGAAAGCGGAGCUCGCGGGUCUCGAGCGCCAGAACGCGCACCUCCAGUCCCAAGCCUCCAAGUCCUUACGGCGCGUCUCAUCUUCCAGCCCCGCCACGAUGGACGACCUAGCCGCCCAACUCGCCUCAAAGGCCUCCACCAUCGAGAAUCUCGAACUCACCAUCUCGAACUUACGGACCCAACUCUCCGCCUCCGUGACUCUGACCACAGACCAAGCCGUCGACAUAACCGGCCUGGAAGCCUCCCUCGAGCGCGCGACCCAGGCCGCCUCUACCUCCGCCGCCGAGCUCGCCGAGCUCAAAGCAACACUCGACAGCGCGGCCUCAGGCGCCGCGCAGGAAAGCACCUCCCUCACCUCCGCCACAACACGUAUCGCGCAGCUCGAAGCCGAACUCAGCGCCGCCCACCGCACCGCCGAGACCGCCGCCGCGCGCGCCGCGACGCUGGAACGCAAAGUCGAGGCGCUGACGUCGCUGCACCGCGAGGCAGAUGCGCGGAACCAGGCUCGGCUCCGCGACGCCGAGACCCAGGAGCGCGAGGUGCGGGAUCUCCGCUCGCAGCUCGCCGCGCUGCGGAACGAGAACGAGCGGCUGCGCGUAGCCGGGGAGAGCGCGCGCAAAGCCGCCGCCGCCGCCGUGCACGGCGGGCACGUCUUCAGCGACGAGGAGGGCGUCGAGGAGCUCGAGGAUGAGGAGCGCGUGGGGCUGAGGAGCCGGGUCCGCGAGCUCGAGGACGAGGUCUUCGACCUGCGGCGCGGUGUUUGGCGGGAUAGGAGGAGGGAGAUGCAACCGGACCCCACUGCGGCCAACGACUUCGAUGAGGUCGAUUUGUCGGGCAGUGCGUCGCCACCGCGGAGAGAGCAGGCUGCGAGGGGCAGCAGCCUUCAGGACGUCAUCAGCAGCGGUAUCAGCGCGUUCACGGGGGGCAGCGGGGGGAGGAAACCCUCGCAGAGUGCGACGAGGCAGCCGCAGCAGCGGAAGCAGAGUCUAGGCCUCCUGAGCGAGGAUGCAGAUUUUGCGUUCGAUGAGGAUGCGUUUAGGGUUGCGCAGGAGGAGGAGGCUAGGAAGAGGGUCGAGAGGGUCAGGGAGGUUAAGAGAGGGCUGAAGCAGUGGCAGGGGUGGCGGGUCGAUAUUGUGGAUGUUAGGGCGGGAAUUGGGGGUGUGUUUGAUGUGUAA